AAGAAGACCACACCCCCCUCCUUGGAGACAGCAGUUGGGGCUGAAACUGUGAAGGCGAUCGAGCAGCUGCAGCGGCUCUCGGACAAUGAUGUCCUUGGACAACUCUUUUCUAUUCCCCUACCAACCCUCGUUGGAUUGGGAUCCACACACCUUCCAACUUGGAGACCUCCAUCAACAACAACACUUCAUGCCUUUGGCUAUGGAGUCUCCGGUAUCAUCGCAGGCCUCGACCGGUUACUUGCAAGACGCAGUGGCGGAGUGGGGCGACCAGUGCAAGCGGAGACGCGUGACUUCGUCCCCAGCGGAUGACUCAACGACGACACAAGAGCUCCAAGAUCUUCUCCAUGAGUUUUGGAGUUCCAACUGUAAUGGAGAUCCCUUGCAUGAUUUGAACUACUGCAUGCUACAAGAUGAUGUUGUCAUCCCAGAUGAGACACCGAACGUGAUUCUGAAGACCAAAGCACAAGAAUCAGCAUUACAACUCCCACAAGAGCCACUCUCCUCUUCCUCCUCCCAUCAAGAGUCACAUGGAAAGGAUCUCCGUCAGUCGAGCGACGCAAAACCUUCUCUUCCUACCGCUAAAGUAACAGAGCCCGGUUUGAAAGGUUGGUGUGUCGUCACGCGCGACCAUGAACAUGCACUCUGUUUCUUCCGUGAGAGGAGGCAAUGUAGGAAGAGCAAAGCCAAGACGAGCGUGGCGUACCCCUUUGCGGUGGUGAAGCCCGGAGGAGCAGACGGCCACGUAACGCUCGACGACAUUAACGCAAGGCUUCUCAGGCGUCCGAGGCGGCCUGUCCGCCACCCGGUGGGGGAGUACGCUUAUGGUCCCUGUGUGUCGCCGGACGGCCUUGGCCUUUCCGGCAAAGCAGUCGCCAGCCUCACACGGAUCCAAACACGAGGGAGGGGCACGAUAACAAUCAUAAGAACGAAAGGAUGAAGUGCUUGUCGCCGCUGCAUGCUCUAUCAUUGUAAUUGUAUAUGUGACGGUUAACUGUUCUUGGAAAGACUGUAGCACCUC